AAACUGAUGCCUGCCUUUACAGUUCCUCACUCACUCACCCCUCUGCUCUAACCACUAACCAUUGGAUCACUUUUUGGAAAUUACCUGCAUAAAGCUGAAAAGGGAUAUAUCAAUCAAGAGUUGGAAUGGUUCGGAGGCCUCCGGUGUGACAGGUUGCUCAUCACACAUGAAAGGAAACUGGUGGGUAGCACUGCAGGACGAGAGUGAGAGCUCACACACUACACCAUGGCCCAAUAUGACCAACUGGAAGAUAAACAUUCUGUGGAUAUCCACGAUAACCCCACAGCCCCUGACAAUAUUGUGAAAGAAGAAGACAAUACUGUAUACUUUAUUUAUGAGGAGGAGGUGGAAGUGGAGGAGAAGGAGCCCGAGCCUGAGCCCGUUGUUAUAUUGGUGAAUGACAAACCACACAAGUUCAAGGACCACUACUGCAAGACGCCCAAGUUCUGUGACGUCUGUGCUCGUAUGAUAGUCCUCAACAACAAGUUUGCUCUACGGUGCAAAAACUGCAAGACCAACAUCCAUCACUCAUGCCAGUCCUAUGUCGAGUAUCAGAAGUGCUUUGGAAAAAUUCCCCCAGGUUUCAGACGGGCCUACAGCUCCCCUCUAUACAGUAGUGACCAGACAGAUUCAGCCCACUCCAACCGUAACGACCCUGUGUUUGACACACUGCGGGUUGGGGUCGUCAUGGCAAACAAGGAGCGCAAGAAGGGGUCUGAGGACAAGAAGAAUAUGAUGAUGAUGAUGAUGGAGGAAGAGGAAUCCCAACAACCCAAAGAAAACGAGCAGGCAGAAGGAAAGCCAGAGGGGGAUAAGAAAGGAGACAAGGCUGACAAAGCAGAUGACAAGAAAAAGAAGGAGAUGGGAAACAUGGGAAAUCAGUCACAUUACUACCUGGCUCUGUAUCGCUUCAAGGCUAUUGAGAAAGACGACCUUGACUUCCAUCCUGGUGAUCGAAUCACUAUAAUUGAUGAUGCAAAUGAGGAAUGGUGGAGGGGGAAGAUUGGGGAGAAGACAGGUUACCUCCCCACCAAUUACAUCAUUAGAAUAAAAACGGGAGAGAGGGUGUUCAAGGUGACGCGGUCCGUCGUGGGAAACAGAGAGAUGGGUCAGAUAACACUAAAAAAAGACCAGAUCGUGGUGAAGAAGGGAGAGGAGGUGAAUGGCUACUUGAAGGUCAGCACAGGCCGCAAGCUGGGCUUCUUUCCCACUGACCUGCUCCAGGAGAUCUGAGCCUGACCGGACCACAACCACAGGUCUAGAGUCACACCGUCACCAGGAACAUAACCACAUAUCACCAAACCCAAGACCUAAACACAUGAUGACAUUUACACUAACACUUGUAUUUUCCACUUUUUGGGGCCUAUAGAGCUGAUCUGGUGAAUGUUUGAGCACUGUAAAUUGUGUUGAGUGUAACUUAAUACUGCAGCCUACCCACCCUGGUGAACUGGAUCAGCUGGCCAUGCAAUCCGAGCUGGACAGAGACGUGUGACCAGGAGUGUGUGGUGGACACCUAAAAAGUGAACGUUUGUGACAUUUUAAUGUGAUCAAAACCGGACAACCUGAAACUACAUCUUCAUAAACUUGAAGCAAAAAAAGUUUCUAAACCCAAUGGCUGUAACUACUGACUAUCUACUAAGUAACUAGGAUUUUUACUUUGUUUUUGUUAUGCAAACUAAAUUGUCUUGGAGGCUAAUGUAUUGCUUACUCUUAUUGUAGUAGUUCCUUUUUUAUAUAUAGUUAGCUGAAAUUCUAGUGCUUCAUUUUCCCCUUGAUGCAAAUGUUCAAGAGGGUGGGGAGUUUGACUGGGGCGGUACACCUGUCAAACGGUAACGCAGGAGUCCUAAGGUGAGCUCAGGGAGGACAGAAACCUCCCGUGGAGCAGAAGGGCAUUUGAGCUGUUGUUGCCAUAAUAUGGGCUUGGUCUUUUACCAAAUCUUCUGUAUACCACCCCUACUUUGUCACAACACAACUGAUUGGCGUUAAAGUGUAUGUUGUAAUUUAAAAAAAAUCAUCUUAACAAAACAGCGUGCUAUGCAUUCAUUCUAUUUAUAUAUAGAGCAAUAGACAAUGUAAGCCUGGCUGACAGAGACCCACAAACUUGCCAGACAAAUGAAGUUGAAAUCAUUGAUGCAAUAUUGUAACGUUACAGUCAUUUUAUUAAGUACUAACAGCAGAGUGCAGGCUUUUCCCAUUUAUUGUCUUUCUUGAUAUGCAUCUGUGACACCAUCAUAGUGGUGAAAUCAAUUCACAAUUUGAAAUAAAGUCCUCUUAAUCAGUA